CAUGUAUCCAGCCUCCCACUCCGUUUUGGGGCGGGGGUUUUAGGGGGACCUCCCUCGGCCUCACAAGGCGGCGCGCUUCCUUUCCCGUUCCCUUCCCCGCAAGGCAGAAGGAGCCUCGCUGCGCGCCGCUGUUCCCUCGCUCCUCACCGGCGAAGGUGGCCAUGGGGCCGCCGCUCGUCCUGGUCGCCCUGGGCUGGAUCGCGGUGCUGGCGCUUCCCUUGCACGGCUUCUCCCCCGCGGGAAAUGGCGCUUCUUUCAGGAAUGACACAGAGUCUAUUCUAAGAACCUUUCCCAUGGGAGUACAGAAAGAAAAAUAUGAACAAAUUCCAGUUUUGGAUAACGAUGCUGAAAACGAUUCGGAAAUUGGGUCAGGAUCUAUCAGUCACAGCAGAACACGGCCUCUUCCAAAAUAUGUUCUACGGGAAGGCGUGGAAGACUACCUACGUAGUGGAUGGCUGACCUAUUUCGUUCCAGGAGUCUAUACUCUAGUUGCAUCCCUGAGUCUUCCUCUGAACAUCACGGCAAUCUUUCUGUUUUUGCUAAAAAUGAAGGUGAAGAAGCCAGCUGUAGUGUACAUGCUCAAUUUGGCUUUUGCGGACGUCCUUUUUGCGUGUGUGCUUCCUUUUAGGAUUGUCUAUCAUUUUUCUGGAAACGAUUGGCCUUUUGGACCUGCAAUGUGCCGCUUUGUCACUGCAACAUUUUACUGCAACAUGUACUGCUCCAUUCUGCUGAUGACAGUGAUCAGCAUCGAUCGUUUCUUGGCUGUGGUGUAUCCAAUGCAAUCUCUCUCCUGGCGCACCCUAAGGCGUGCCUCCGUAGUUUGUGUUGCCAUCUGGCUCGUAUCUAUUGCUGCAGUCGUUCCUUUGUUUAUCACUGAGCAAACAAGGAACAUACUUCCUCUAAACAUAACAACUUGUCAUGAUGUACUAAAUGAAAGUGACCUCCAAGCCUAUUACCGCAUUUUUUUCACUAUUUUCUUUUCUUUUUUCUUUUUUGUGCCAUUAAUUGUUUGCACCGUUUGCUACGUCUGUAUCAUCUGGUGCCUUAGCUCUUCAAACAUCGCUAUAAAAUCGGGUAAAAGAGGACGAGCUUUAUUGUUGUCUGUGGCUGUUUUGUCCAUUUUUAUUAUAUGUUUUGGCCCAACAAAUCUUCUCUUGCUAGUUCAUUAUGCACAUUUUGCUUACAGCAAUUACACAGGUAAUAUAUAUUUUGCCUAUCUCCUCUCUGUCUGCAUUAGCAGUGUAAGCUGUUGUAUUGACCCUUUGAUCUAUUAUUACGCUUCCUCUGAAUGUCAGCGUCAGUUGAGCAAUUUAUUAUGUUGCAGGAAGGACUCUGAACUCUGCAGCCUUACUUCGGAUAAUCCUCUGGGCAGCAGAACAAGCCAAAGAGUUACUGGCACCAGUACAAUCGAUAACAGUCUCUAUCGAAAAUUACUAACUUAGAAACAUUUUUGGGUGUUUCUGAUAUAUGUGCCUCCAUUUUAUAAAAUACUGCUGUGAGGACAUGAACACCCUUUAUCAGUUUGUUUUAUUAACAUAAAAUCUGUCACUCUAAGAAUUGCAAUAAACUUUGGGAGAUUUAAGUAGUAUGUCCGUACAUACAUACAUACAUACAUACAUACAUACAUACAUCUUUAUUUAAGGCUAAAAAUGGAACACAAAUUUGUAAAAUGCUGUUAAACUUUAAUGAGACCUUGUCUUUUCUAAGACCUAUUUGAAGGAUCAUGUUGUUACCUUUUUGCACAAAAGUUGGUUGUCCGGAAAGGUACAACAACACACAAUUCCUUUUUGUGUCCAAAUCACCCUCUCUGAGAUGUGAGCCACAUUGAUCCAGGCAGUCUCUCAUCAAGCAUGGUUUUUCUCCCACCACAUCAGAAUUAUUAUAUUCUUCUGUGAACAUCAGAAACAAUUUGAGAGGCAUAGAGAUUAAUGAAAAAAAUGCAGCAAUGGGAGCCAUGGAACAAUUCUUUCUUUGUGAUUUCAAUAAUUUGAAAAAAUGGUGAAGCCAUUGUUUUAUCGGCAUAGUGCUUUCUUGGGUUCUUGGUUAAAUGCUGAGAACUCUAUGCAUAGAUUU